AUGUCAAAUUCAGUAACAACAAGGACUGUUCGCCUAACUGUUAUUGCAGCAGAUGGAUUAAUUAAAAAAGAUUUAUUUUUUAAAAUGCCUGAUCCUUUUGCUGUUGUCACUGUAGAUGGAGAGCAAACACAUACAACUACAGUCAUGAAGAAAACUUUAAAUCCUUAUUGGAAUGAAAGUUUUGACUUAAAAGUAUCCAAUCAAAGUGUGAUUGCAGUUCAAGUAUUUGAUCAAAAGAAAUUUAAAAAGAAGGAUCAAGGUUUUUUGGGAGUAAUUAACGUUCAAGUAUCUAAUGUAUUUGACCUUGAUGUUGGAGGAGAUGAAAUGUUAACACUUGAAUUAAAGAAAUCAAAUACAAAUGAAGCUGUACAUGGAAAACUUAUUUUGAACUUAUCUACAAAUGUAAAUGUACCAAUUCGUAAUGGUACGGAUACCCUUGCUCCUGGCACUGCUCAGUCAAUAACUACGACUACAGAUAACAAUACUUCUUCUACUUCUUCAACGACCAUAAAUAAUAAUAUUACAUCAUCUACGGCUAAUGAUAAUAAUGAUCUACCAGCUGGUUGGGAACGUCGAGUAGACCAUUUAGGUAGACCCUAUUACGUCGAUCAUAAUACUCGUACAACAACUUGGAAACGUCCUUCAUCUAGAACUGCUCAAGAUCAACAAAAUCAAACUGAGUUAGAAAGACGUAGACAUAAUGCUCGUGGAUUACCUGAAGUAGGAAAUAAUGCAUCAACAACAGCAUUUACUACUACUAAUACUACUGUUAAUAAUAAUAAUAAUACGAAUAUGAAUACGAGUAUGAAUACAAAUACAAAUAAUAAUACUGCAUCGCCAGGUACUACAGUGACGAUUCCAAAUAAUAAUAUCACUUCAGCAGGAUCUGGUCCUCUUCCUCCAGGUUGGGAAAUGCGUACAAGUGCUGAAGGUAGACCUUAUUUUGUUGAUCAUAAUACACGUACAACAACGUGGGUAGAUCCUCGUCGUCAACAAUAUAUCAGUACAAUUGGUCCUGGAUCCAAUCUUCAAGUUCAAGUACAACCCGUCUCUCAAUUAGGACCUUUACCCUCUGGAUGGGAAAUGCGUUUAACAAGUACAGGUAGGGUCUACUUUGUGGAUCAUAAUACAAAGACAACAACUUGGGAUGAUCCUAGAUUACCUAGUAGUCUUGAUCAAAAUGUGCCACAAUAUAAACGAGAUUUCCGUCGUAAGCUCAUUUACUUUCGUUCUCAACCCGCCUUACGUCCUGUUCCUGGUCAAUGCCAUAUUAAGGUGAGACGUGAUCAUAUCUUUGAAGAUGCCUAUGCUGAAAUUAUGCGACAAGCUCCUGCAGAUCUUAAGAAGCGAUUAAUGAUUAAAUUUGAUGGUGAAGAUGGUCUUGACUAUGGUGGUCUUUCUCGAGAGUUUUUCUUUUUAUUAUCACACGAGAUGUUUAAUCCCUUUUAUUGUUUAUUUGAAUACUCUGCUCAUGAUAAUUAUACAUUGCAAAUCAACCCUCAUUCUGGUAUCAAUCCAGAACAUUUAAAUUAUUUCAGAUUCAUUGGUCGAGUUGUUGGUUUAGCUAUCUUUCAUCGUCGUUUCUUGGAUGCAUUCUUUAUUGUCUCUUUCUACAAAAUGAUUUUGAAUAAAAAGAUUCUUGUUGCUGAUAUGGAAAGUGUGGACGCUGAUUUCUAUCGUAGUUUAACUUGGAUUUUAAACAAUGAUAUCACGGAUGUCUUGGAUCUCACAUUUUCAACAGAUGAUGAUCGUUUUGGCGAAGUAGUUUCUGUUGAUUUGAUACCUAAUGGUCAAAAUAUAGAAGUGACCGAGGAAAAUAAAAAAGAAUAUGUCAACUUAAUUACAGAAUGGCGUAUUCAUAAACGGGUCGAAGAACAAUUUAAGGCGUUUAAAGAAGGCUUUAAUCAAUUAAUUCCUCAAGAUUUAAUUAAUGUAUUCGAUGAACGUGAACUUGAAUUGUUGAUUGGUGGUAUUGCAGAAAUCGAUAUAGAUGAUUGGAAGAAACAUACAGACUAUAGAGGAUAUACAGAACAAGACGAUGUUAUACAAUGGUUCUGGAAAUGUAUUCGUGGUUGGGACAGUGAAAAGAAAUCGAGGUUAUUGCAAUUUACUACAGGUACAUCUCGUAUUCCUGUUAAUGGUUUUAAAGAUCUUCAAGGAAGUGAUGGUCCCAGAAGGUUUACAAUAGAAAAGUCAGGAGAAGUGACACAAUUACCAAAGGCACAUACAUGCUUCAAUCGUAUUGAUAUGCCACCGUAUAAAUCUUAUGAAACCUUAGUUGCAAAAUUAACAAUGGCUGUUGAAGAAACUGUCGGUUUUGGUCAAGAAUGA